CGCCCCUCUCCAAAAUUUGAGAUGAAAGGGCUUUUGGAUUUUGGAUGACGCUCCCAAUCACGUGCUCCUAGGAAAUACACUCGCUAUCAUUUUUUUGGAGCUGCCUCGUCCUGCAUGGCGGACAGUAGUUGUUGAGCAGCUCAUGUCAUGUAAUGUACCUUGCCGUGGUCACUGACGGGUUCACGCCAGUUCACCGGGUUCACUUGAGGAGAGCCCCCACCGCCCUGCUCGCCUCUUCUGCUCCAAGCUCGGCCGAUCGGAGCUCAUCCAAUAUUAUUCAUUUCUAUAUAUUCAUGUCGGAUUCCAUCUGGCCGCGCUGAGGUUCCCUGGGAGCUUUUCGAGUCGGACAAGGGUCCCGCAGCAGCAGAAGGCAUGAAGCAACACUGUGGCUGAUCCAUGACACUAAACUCCACUCGCCCUCUGCUCUCAUCAAACCGGACAAUCAAUCACUGUCUCACUCCCAUCUCCACGAAGCUGCACCAUGGCCAGCAAGAGGAAAUCCACCGUGCCCUGCAUGAUACCAUCCAAAUCCAAACAUGUGCGCGAGGAAAUCAUACUGGGCUCGCUGCCAGAACUCCUACCGACAAUCCCAGAAGACGGCAUACUCAGCAUCUCUGGAGUAGAGUCUGGCCACGUCUCUCACAGCUCAUCCAAAUCUGAAUGUGGCAGCGAGGUGCAGAAAGGAGGCACGUACAGCUGCCCACCGUGCUCUUUCCAGUCCAGAGAUUUAAACUACUUUUUGGAUCACAUGCACAACUGCCACUUAGACUUCAGGGCCCAGCCCACCUUCUACUGCCUGAACUGCGGGGUCUCGGUUGUCCGCUUUGAGGCGCUGGCCCUGCAUAAUGCCAACACCCAUCCUAGGAUCAUGGAGGGCUUGAUGACCGCCUCCCUGAGCGUCAACAAGAGGGAUGGCGUUACAACAGUGGAGCAAAGCCUCUUCACGGACAACGAGGACGACUACAGAGAACCCGGACUCUCCCUCAGCAAAACCCCCAUCGCAAAGAUGAUGAAAGCCAAGGGAGAGCACAAAAAGAUUGUAGUAUCUCACACCGUGGAAGUGUUGAAGAAAGCCAGCGGGAAGGACGUGGACCCCAACAUGCUGACAAAUGUGCCUGAACUCCAAAACGGGGCUCUCAGUAUUUCUGGUGCCCAAGCUAUGCCGAGGUCAACUGUUAGUCACAUGCUUGCGACGACAGUGUCCAACCCAGUCUUUCACCAGCACACUCCCUCCCUGUAUUCCCCCCCCCCCUCCGAUUCCCACAAAGACCUUCCAAAGGUGAUGAUCCCUCUUAGCAGCAUCCCCACCUACGAUGCCGCCAUGGACACCAGCAGCUUUCUGAAGACAUCCUUUGGCAAGUUUCCCUACCCGACCAAAGCUGAGCUCUGCUACCUGACGGUGGUGUCGGAGUUCCCCGAAGAGCAAAUCAAACUGUGGUUUACCGCCCAAAGACUCAAGCAGGGCAUUAGCUGGUCUCCGGAAGAAAUCGAGGAGGCCAGGAGGAAGAUGUUCAACACCGUGUUCCAGGGUGGAGCGCCCCAGAAGCAACCCGCCCCGCAGCGUCAUGUCAAUCACAUUGUUACUCACCACACCGUCACAGCUCCUCCGGGUUCUAAAGGACCAAACUUUAACACGGCCAAAGUUCCCUACGGCGGUAUGAAAACCAGACCUGUUGGAGUCGUAGCCAAGCAGGCCAAAAUGUCAACUCAUCCUCACGUCACAAGGGUGUCGUACUCCACUCCCAUUCUCCCCCAGAAGGUUCCGUCUGUAUUCAGAACAACACAGGUACUGACCAAGAGUAUUCAACCCGCUGCAGAUCCCGACAAGAGCGACGGCCUGGGAAUGGAUGCGGUGGUGGCCGGAAGCAAUCGCAGCAGCAGUAGCAGCAGCACCUGCAGCAGUAGCAGCAGCAUCACCAGCUAUUCCGGCAGCAGUAACGGUGGGGAGAGCGUCUUCAGGAAAACGGUGAAUAGCGCCAUCCCGGCCGACGGCGUCAACAGCUUUGCCGCUUGCUGCACCAGCAUUAGCAAUAACGAUUUGCACUGCGUUGCUACCGCCAAUGACAAACGCAACAAUUCACCGACAGGACUGGAAGAGAGUCAUGUCGUCCUAAACAACACCAGCAAUGUAAAUGUCUCCUAUAACAAUCAUGACAGCGGCAUCGGCGCUCCUCAAGAGCAGGCAGACGCCUUGAGGAAGGAUGAGCAACUCCAUGCGAACGACAGCAGUAUUACCGUAGAAAAGCCCGCCUCCAAAGACAGUGUUCCCCGCCUGAACCACGCCAGCACUUCCCCGACUCAAAGCACCAGCACCACCGUCAUCACAAAAAGCACUUUGUCUGUGAUGGAUCAGGGCAAACGCAACAAGGAGUUUAGCAUAAAAGGCAUGUCAAUCUUGCAGCAGCUCAUCAAGGACGACGACCUUUUUCCCGCAGACAGGAGCUGCUCCGAGCUGAAAACCGAACCCGUCAAGAUCAACUUCAAGAGGCUGAAAAUGAAUGAAAGCGAAAGCACGUCGGAGAUUGCGCAUCAAGAACACAAGUCAGAGAUAGCCGAAGGGUCCUUCUCACCACCCUGGGCCAACAAGAACCCCCGGCAGCUGCGCAUCCUUCGCCAGGCUUUCUCCGGCACGCGCUGGCCCAACAGCCAGCAGUACGAGGAGCUGAGCAACCAGACGGGCCUUCCCAAGUCCGAGGUGGUGCGCUGGUUCAGCGACAGCCGGCACAGCCACAAGAAUGGACAGCUCAAGUGGCUGGAGACCUAUCUGCGACCUCCUGUGGAGGCAGAGGAGGCUAGAGGUCAAGGAGACGCUGAAGCCAAAUCGCCGGCUGCCAAAAAGAAGCUUCUCGAACAAGAUGUGAACAAAGCCCUUGAAGGAGAAGCGGGACUAAACACUGGCCAGCGGGUUCUAUGGCAGGGUUCAAACUCGCCGCUGCGGGGUCUGAUGGGGUCUGAGGGGAGCAGCGAGCUAAUCAAAGCUGAGACCUCCGCACAGCCGGGAGUCUUGAAGGACCCCUGGCCAGACAGAGUAGAGGACCACCAGAAGCUGCCUGCCACUCAGCCGCUCAUUCAACAACCCAAUGAUGCCAACAAGACCAGGGACCGCCUGAGGAUGGAGCUGCUGGAGGCGUGAUGAAGCCGACCCAAACACGCGUACGAGGCUGGUUCGCUCCCUGGCCGAACUGGGAAAAAAGAAAAGAAAAGAAAAGAAAAGAAAAAAAAAGAGUAUUUGUAAUGACAGCAAAUGUGAUUGUAGCUGGACCGUAAGACUCUGACUGUAACUGUGAAUACCCCCCACCCCCCGCUCUUCCUCUUCCUCCUCCAUCUGCCAUCACUUCCUCCCAUCGUCUGAAGAAAGAACUCGUCACCUUCUUGAGUCCUGUGAUGUUUCAGCCUUUCAUGCUUCUUGGUGGUCGUGUGGCGAGGGCGCACAACCGGGUCAGUACGAGGGAUCAAAGACAAGAACGACAAGACGCACACUGACUGGAAAAGUGACUUGAAUGAACGCAAAUAGGAUAGGAUGAGGCCGAGAGAUAACGUCUUGGGGUCAGCGUGAGAAAUCUAUCUAUCUAUCUAUCUAUCUCUCUCUCUAUAUAUAUAUAUAUAUAAAUAUAAAUAUAUAUAUAUAUAUAUAUGAUGAAAACUGCACUUUGGAGGGGGUUUGUACUGAUACUGACUGAAUGGACAAAAGAUGUGUCAAAGAAAUGUUAUUGUUGGCUUUGUGAUAUUUUUUACUUUUUUAGCAACCAGUACUUCAGCACUGCCUUGAAUUUGACCUUUUCUUUGUUUUUGUUUCUCUUGGCUUUUUCAAUUCUAUUUACUCUUCUAUAGUCACUGUAAGUCCAGAUGCAAUCAAGCAGAUCUGUAUCAGUGUUGGUGAUCACUUUGUGGUUGGGCUACACGCAAACUAGACCGCAUUCGAUGCACUAAUGAAGACAGCGACGCUGAAAAUCACACGGCCCCGCUGCAAAGGCAUUGACGUCUUUGCGCCGGAUCGAUACACUACAACGCCCUGCAAACGAAACAGAGACAAGCCUGUCACGCUAACGUUGCCUUACUCAGCUCUGUCCAUUUGUUUAUGUGACCCGUCUGUCCAUCAUCUCGCUUUCCAGCUGCUGUGCUGUCCGUAAAUGUACACACACACACACACACACACACACACACACACAAAACAAGCCAGUGCAUCAAGGAUUGCUGUCGGUCUGUAUCUGUGAAAACUCUUGUGCUGCUUUGUGUACACUUGGAGAUGUUUGGUUUGAGCUGUAACUGUAAUAUGGUAUCAAACGGUAUCGUGACUGACUGGCCAAGCAAAAUUCUCAAUUGGAUCCUUUGACGCUGACAGAGUGAGAUGUCCGUGGAGCUAGAGAGCCAAAUAAGGAGAAAUUCUCUGGAUUUUCUACAAAAGCUACCAGUCACUACGUGGAUAUCCUAUGAAGCUGCAUCCUUGUCAAGCUGCUAAUAGCCAAGAACGGUGCUAUACCAUCCAAAGUGAAAUCUCCUACCAGCAGUGUAUGCACUUGUGUGGAAUGUUACACAUUUCUUUUGCUUUGAGAUCAAUGGAAUCUGGACUUACGGUGUAAUGAUCACUCACGAGGAAAAAAAGAAAACAAACAUUUUAUGAAAUAGCCUGAUCAUAAAGCACUGUUGUAUCAUCCUUUCUACACUUUCUCUGAAUCUUUACAGAAUAAAGCAAAUACUCACCAAGCAGAAGCUUUCUGUCGUUUCUUCAAAUACCCCGACACGCCAAAAAGUCCUACAUUUACCAGAAAAAACUCCUAAAUUCAUGAGAAUAAACGUCCCGCAUUUACCACAAUAAAGCCCUAAGUUUACGAGAAAAAAGUUGUACAUUUACACGAGCAAAUUUGCUAACUGACAAGAAAAAAAGUCACGAGAAUAAGUCAUACAUUUAGAAGAAAAGUUGUAAACUUAGAGAAAAAAAUCGAACGUAUAGGAGGAAAACAAGUCGCAAAUUUACAUGAAUAAAGUCGUAAGGUUACUAGAAAAAAAGUUAUAAAUAUGAGAAUAAAUUCGUAAAUUUACAAGAAAAAAAGUCAAAUUUACAAGAAUAAGUUGUAAAUUUAUGAGAAAUGUCAAAAAUGUACAAGAAAAGUCAUAAAUUUAUGAGAAUAAAAUCAUAAGUUUACAAGAAAAAAAAUUGUAAAUUUAGGAGAAUAAAGUUGUACGUUUACGAGAAAAAAGUCCUAAGUUUACUAGAAAAAAAGUUAUAAAUUACAAGAAUAAAUGUGUAAAUUUACAAGAAAAGUCAAAUUUACAGGAAUAAGUUGUACAUUUAUGAGAAAUUUCAUAAAUGUACAAGAAAAGUUGUACAUUUAUGAGAAUAAAAUCUUUACGAGAAAAAAGUUGUAAAUUUACUAAUAAAAUCGGAAAUUUACAAGAAUGAAUUCGUGAGUGUACGAGAAUAAAGUCAAGUUACGCGAAAAAGUCAAAUUUACAAGAAAAAAAGUCGUACGUGGACGAGAAAAAAAUCGUAAAUUUAGAAGAAUAAAGUCAUAUAUUUAUGAGAAAAAAGUUGUAAAAUUACAAGAAAAAAAGGUGCAAAGUUGCGGUGGCAUGGCUCAGCUGCUCGAGUGGUGGUCUCCCAACCUGAAGGUUGCUGGUUCGAUCCUCCAUCAUCCUGUGAUCAUGCUGAGUGUCCUCGGGGAAGAUACUUAGCUGUCUCAGGCAAUGCCUGUUAUGAAGGAAUAUUAAAAUAAUCUGAGAUUUUGAGAAUAAAGUAAAUUUACGACUUUAUUCUUGUAUAAUUACAAGUUGUUUUCUCGUACAUUGACGACUUUAUUCUUGUAUAUGUAAAAUAAACUGGAGGCUAACUGGUUAGCUGGCUAGCUUGCUAGCUUGCGGCCGUCUGGAGCCCCUGCAAUA